CUGGUGUUGCUUUGGUGCUGGUAAAGUGAGAGAUUUGUACAAGGUCAACAGGAUUGUAAAUAAGGAAGGCUAUCACACCAUUUUGCAACGCCGUGCCAUAACCUGUCGACAACGCUUGAUUAAUUCAAUUUCAACCUACAACACGACAAUGGCCUAAAGCAUGCCUCCAAAUUAUGCAAGAACUAUUUACGGAAGAUGCAAGCAACUGGUAUUCUAUCUGUAAUGGAGUGGCCAGCACAGUCAACAAAUUUCAACCCCUAUUGAGCUAAAUAACAGCUAGGGUGCUAAAGGUUUGCAAAGGUGUAAUUGUUGCAAAGGAAGCAUUCUUUGAAGCAAAGUUUGAUAGAGAAAAUCCUUAUCCUUAACCUUGUCAAUGUUUUGACGAUAUUUUCUAUUCAUUUUGCAACUCAUUCAGAAAAUAAAAGUGUGACUUUGAAGGAAAACCAAGUUGUCAGGGGGGCCCCAAACUUUUGAAAGGUAGUGUAUUACUUGUGUAAAAUCGAUCGAUACAUGCAACACCAAUAGCCUCCUGCAGGAGGUGUCAUAAUCAUCCGUGCCAUCAACCUGCUCAGCUAAUCAGCUUAGGUGCGUCUUAAGAGCUCUAACAAGGUCCAUCAUCCUCCUUCUCUUGGGAACCCUGCAAGAGAACAGAAUGUACCAAAUGUGCCAGGACUUGGACGAGAGCUCCCUUUGUUCCUCCUUUUGGUCCAGCGAGGAGGAACAAGAGAUUGACGAAUAUGAGUUGUCGAAGGUCCAAACCGGAGAAGAUGCCAGUGACGAAGAUACUGGUACCGACGAAGAUAAUGGUUCCAUGGUCCAGUUUGGAAAAAAUGUCAACGAGGAAGACGCCUGCAGCGAUGGCACCUCUGUGGUGACAUCCGGUUACGGCACUUUCAGACCAGAAGACCAGCACGACGUAGAAGAGCGGGACAGUUGCGGAGAGGGUUCCCAGAUGAGGUACGAUAAAGUGAAUGUCGGAUCACGGGACAGUUUUUAUGAUGAUUCCACACAAGGGUCGGAAGACGAUGAAAGGGACUGUUCAGGAGGCAACAUUUCUCAUGGAGAACAGAAGGAACCAGAGAACCAGCAGCCUCACUGGAGACUAAUCACGAACAGCAAGAAUGAAGAUGACUAUCAGAAACUAGGGCAGAAACCAGAAGAGUACCACCAGUCAGAGCUCCACCCUGACAUCAGCAGUGAAGAUGAGAAAAAAACACAGGAAGAGCACCAGUAUUUUUCUUAUCAACACCCUGACACUAUAAGUGAUGAUGUUAAGAAGGACCACCAGUGUCUUUGUGAUCUCCAUCCUGACACAAGCGACUAUGACGAGAGGAAUUCAGGGGUUUACUCCCAGUCUGACUGUAAUCUCCAAGCUGACACCAGGAAUGAAGACCUUCUUCUUGAAGACGAGAAGAAACCAGAGACUCUCCAAUGUGAUCUUCAGUCAGACACCAGAAAGGAAGAUGAAAAACCAGUUGAUUUCUUUGACCCCGGGACUGACGAAAUUCCUCAGGGAGAGGUGAAAGCACAUGUGGUCCAACAGCUUCACUGUGAUCUUCAACUAAAUACCAGGAAUGAAGAUUUUCUUCAAGGAGACAAGAUGAACCAUCAUUUUCAGUAUGAACGUGACCCUGAUACCAUCCAAGACUAUAUUCCUCAUGACCACAAGAAAGUGAAACCAGAGCAGAACCACCCACAUUGUGAUCUCCACCAUGACAAUGAGAAUGAUGUUCCUCAUGAAGUUGAGAACAAACCAGAUACUUCUUACCAUGAUUCCCAUCAUAAAAUUGGGAGUGAAGAUAAAGAAAUAGCGGACCAUCUGCAUGAGCACCACCCUGACACCAGGAGUCAAAAUGUUCUUGACGAAGACAGAAUGAACCAUCAAUCAAUCUCUGACCUCCAUUCUGAAAUGACAUGUGAAGAUGAGGCACAUGGACACUCACACAUCUGGGACGAUAAGCUCUCGGACAAGGAUGAAGCGGUGAGCGGUCUUCUGUUUGAUGAGGGAGACGAACACACCAGGAACUGUGACAAAAACAUCAGAAGCCAGGAAUCUGAGUCAAGCAAAAAGAUCAUCACGCUCGUUGACUCGCAAGGAAACUUUGAGUUGGAGGGGAACAUCAGGCACAAGGAUUGCUCCAGUUUGCUGCAGAAUAGUCUGUCUGAGCUGCACAUAAAUGACUCGGAAAAUGAAAAUGACAAAGCCAGCGUGCUAAGUGAUGACGAGAUGGUGGGAAUCUCCCUCAGCAGCUUUGGAUCCUCCAGCACACGCUCUACACGAACAAGAAGCGAGAGCGACCUCCAGACGAAACCCAAAUCCUUCAUUCGACCAGUCGUGAAUCAACGAACAAUCAAGAAAAUGGACCCGGUAUCCAGGUAUUUCCAGUACAAGCAGCUUUGGGAUGGGUUGAAACUGCCUGGAGAGCGAGACCACCGGGAUCUCCGCUGGGCAAUCAGGGAACGACUCGCGUACCAGCCGGAAGCCCCCAAGGCUCACAGGACCUACGUGGCCAACAGUUACGUAGUUCCAACUGAAAAGAAGCGUUCGGCUCUACGCUGGGAAGUCCGGAACCAGAUGGCGCACCCCGAUAAGCCUCACAUGUUCACGUAUCGCUUUUGACAACAAGCCACUUCAAAAGAAAAGGUGACUAUACAGAGAAUGAAGGUGAUGGCCAGGAAUUGGAAAUGAGGUGGCAUGUGGAAACAAGGACAUACAGGACAAUCGCACCCCACCUCACAAGUUUAAAAAUUGAUACUGGGGUCUUUUGAUCGCUUUUUGGCACAUAUGAUAAAGUCACAUUUCAAUUUUAAGCCUUACACCACGUGGGGAAACAUUCCUGUUUUGUGAACCUACUGUAAGUAUAAGGCCUUUUAAUGUAUAGAUUUUUUUUUUUUACUAGGAUUUUUCCCCCCCCUUGUAACAUCCUUUAGCUUUUUGAUGGAACAAGAUGUGAGAUAAGCUGAAAUAGGAGCAAUGAAGAACAAAAAUGUCAGUGAAUUGAAAAGGACGUUAUACUCAUGAAGCUGCCAGAUUACCUACCUCAUAUGUCUGGGUAUUUUAGACCCCUUUUUAAAGAUUGUUUUUGCCACUAUAUUUUGUUUUUUAAGUGCCAAGCAGGAACAGGGUAAGGCAUGAUAAAAUGUACCAAACCGAGUGAGUUUCGAACUUGUUUUCCUGCAUAAACUUUAGGCACUUUUUACAUCAUUGAGCUCCUUACUUUUUAUACAUAUGUAACCUGACAAAACAUGAUAGUAACAUAACUACAUUGGAACAGCAAGAUUAAAAUUACUUGAAAGCUUCACAAAAAGUCACAAAAGUUUGUUUUUAUUCCACAACAAAAACUUUGUCAUUGUUAUAUAUUUAUUAAACAUGACAAUUGCAUACAGAUAAAUGUGGAGGGUUAUGGGAAGUCAGAGUAGGGCAAUCUAAACGGAUACAGCGGUGUGUAGCGCUGGUCGUGCCAAAGCAGUUUAUCCUCCAGGAAGCGCAACGUCUCCAGCGUGAGGACCAGGCCUUCGUGUUUCAAGAUGCUGUGCACAUUCAGACCUGUGUACAUGCAGACAACUAUAUCAACUUCCAUUUGACAAGCACGAGCUGACAAGACAACGCACCUAGAGCUGGAAUGAGGUUGACCGUCUUGAGGGUGGCCGUGGCCUGCAGGAUGUUGUCGGCAAAGUUGUCACCACUGUGGAAACCCACACAGGAAUAGCAAAAGAAUAAGAAACGUGGACCUGGCAAUUGUUAUAUGAAGUCAACGAUAAUUCCUUUUCCCUAAUGUUGAUGAUCAGUAGAAUUUAACCAUUUUUAGUAAUUUAUAAUGACUGAUGAAUUUCCAAGGAAACCUUUAAAUUAUUGUACAGUAUUUAGGUUACAAAGAGGGAUCGUUUUAUCUUGUCUGGAUAAUUGAUUUUAACUUGCAGGUUGAUGUAUACCUGGAAUGAUCAUUUAGAUUUGUCAAAGCGAACUAAUGGUGUUAAAGCUAAUAGCUUUGACAUACAGUAUACAGAAAUGCGUACAAUUGUAAACAUGUCUAAAGAGGGAUCUGUCAGUCCAGAUACCAUCAUUAAUAUACACAUUGGAUUUUUGAAAGAUGGGAUACUUAAAAAAAAAAAAAAUCUUAAUGUUAAUUGAUGUUGAUUCAGUUAUGUAAUGAUAUAUGGAUAGUUUUUAUGGUGAAUCUGUUCAACUCAAAUCAGAGUUCUAAGGCCAACUAGAAGUCUUAUUAAAAACAAUGCUAUUCAUGAUUUUUGUUAUGCAUAUGGGUUUGGACAAACAUAUGGUGGAAUGAGUAAGUAAUUAUGAUUUCUACUGACAGGUGCUUUAAUAAGAAAAAGAAAAAAAUUAAAAAUUUAGGAAGAUUGAGAUGUAAUUAUAGUGAUUUAAUUUAACGUCCAAAGGAAUAUCAGAACAAAUACAUCAGAAGUGACCAAAGCAGGGCCUCUGCAGGGUUCAGCAGGCAAAUUUAAGACCCAUUUCACAUCGGUACCUGCAAAAAACAAAAACCCCUACAAAACAUUUGAAGGAAAAUUGGAAGCCUAGAAUGAGUGUAAUUUAGCCAAAAAUUUUACUCAAGAGUAGCGUUACUUCAAAAUAUUACUCGAGUACAAGAAAAAAAAAAUAUCCAGUCAGAAGAAUACUGAAUGAAUCACUCAGAGCAACUGCUUACAGUGUGAUAUUUUGAAACAAUGGUAUUUUUUUUCAGCACCACAUCUACAAUGGGGAGAACAAGUACCGUAUUUGAUACACUGAACUAUGGCAUGACCAUAUUAGGCCCCCCUCCAAAAAAUAAAAAUACUCGAAUUCAAACUAGAAAAAUUAAACAUUACCUGUCCAAAGAGCAAGCGUGCCCUCUGGUGGAGAAAUAUUUCCUUCCAUGAAUUGAAAACUAGUCUUAUUGCUUACAAAUAAAAACUAGGAGAAAGGUUCAAACAAAUCCGCGCUUUCAAGUACAGUAGUUUAAUUUUUACGGCGCUUUAAAGAUGCCGCAUGAUUGAACAGGCCGGCGUAAUCAUAUGACUUCCGACUGCAAACCUGCGUCUGGUCAUAUUUUUACGCGUUAUUGAUAUAAUGGAGUCAUGUGAUUAUUGUUGUGACAUCUCAUUGGUGGAGCUGUUAGAGCCACUGUCGGCAUCUCUGCCAAAACUAAAGUCAAAUAUGUGGAAUAAAGAGGAAAAAUAUAACGACUCUAGUGUAGCCCAAAGUAGAGGAGUUAGAGGAUAGUUUCGUCUUCACAAAUCUACACAAGUAAAAAGUAUGGCAUGGUAAAACUUUUUUCUCAAAAACUUAACUAAACUUACUAUCCACCUCUGUUGCAAAGUAUGUGAAUUUAUUCACAGCUCUUUCACUCUGGGAAAUAUGAAUACAUUAGGGCUGUCAAAAUUAUCGCGUUAACGGGCGAUAAUUAAUUUUUUAAAUUAAUCGCGUUAAAAUAUUUGACGCAUUUAAUGCACAUGCCCCGCUCAGAUUAAAAAGACAGCACAGUGUCAUGUCCAUUUGUUACCUGUAUUUUUUUGGUGUUUUGUCGCCCUCUGCUGGCGGUUGGGUGCGACUGAUUUUAUGGGUUUCAGCACCAUGAGCAUUGUGUAAUUAUUGACAUCAACAAUGGCAAGCUACUAGUUUAUUUUUUUUUUGAAAAUUUUACAAAUUUUAUUAAAACGAAAACAUUAAGAGGGAUUAUAGAAAUUUUAUAUUAAAACUUGUACUAACAUUUAUCU